AUGAACAAUCAAUUCUCAUCAUUUCAAUCUGGUCAACAAAAUCCAUUUGGAACUCCAAACACUACUACACAACCUCAGUUUGGUACAACCCCUUCAUUUGGUGGAUUCAAUACUAAUCAAACUUCGGGAACAACUAAUCCAUUCAAUUCUACUGGUAAUUCAACUUCAGGAACAAAUAACCCAUUUAAUACUACCAACAAUACUACUAACUCAACAACCAAUCCAUUUAAUACAAAUACCAAUACAACAAAUAAUCCAUUUAAUACAAAUACUAAUACUACAACCAAUCCAUUUAAUACUACUACUACAGGAACAACAACCAAUCCAUUUAAUACCAACAUUACAAGUACUAAUAAUCCAUUUAAUACUACUACCAGUAUAACAGGAACAACUACUACUACUAACAAUCCAUUUAGUACCAAUAACACUACCACUGGAACAACUACAGGAACUAAUACAACAGGAACAACUACUACCAACAAUCCAUUCAGUACCACAACAGGAACAACCAACUUAUUUAAUAAGACACCUACUUCUAAUAGUACGACAACAGGAAAUAAUACAACUACAACAACAGGAAGUAAUCCAUUUGGUAAUUUCACAGUUUCUAACAAUAGUACUUCUAGUACCACAACAGGAACAACAGCCACAACAGGAAGUAAUCCAUUUGGUAAUUUCAAUACCACUAACAAUACUACCUCGAGUACAACUUCAACAGGAAAUAACACUACAACAGGAAGUAAUCCAUUUGGUAAUUUCACUACCACUAAUAGUACCACUCCUAGCACUACAACAGGAACAACAACUACAACAACAGGAAGUAAUCCAUUUGGCAAUUUUAAUACCACUAAUAACACUUCUAAUUCUAGUACUACCAGUACUACAACAGGAAGUAAUCCAUUUGGUAAUUUCACAAAUAAUACCACUUCUAAUUCAACUACACCAAAUACAACUGGAACAAACACAAGUAAUCCAUUUGGUAGUUUCACAAGUAAUACUACUAACACCACUACUACCUCAACAACUGGAGCAGGAAAUCCAUUUAGUACAACUAAUUUAUUGAAUAGCUCCACAACUGGUACUCAAACAAAUGGAAAUCAACCCACAACAAAUGAUAUUCAAAGUUCUAUCCAAAAAGAGGCAGAACUAUUGUUUUCUCGAGCAAAGACAUUAGGAUUAGAUGAUUGUAUUGAAGAAUGGAACAAAGACUUACAAAGUGACAUCAAACGAUUCCAAGAAAUAUCAGAAAAGAUUAAGACACAAAACGAAUCUAUUAUGAAAGCAGAAAAAGAAAUUGAAGAGCUUAAAAAAUUGAAGAGCUUAAAAAAUUUGUUCAACAAAUGA